AACAAUCAAAAACUUCGAGAGAAGCUUAUAAAUGAAAGCAAAAACCUGACGCUUGACAAAGCGAUACAGAUAUCUCAAAACUUCGAAUACUGCAGACAACAAAUGUCGAUGAUCAACCAUAAAGACGUACACCUCAUCAGCUCACGUGACAAAGGGCACGCACGUGGCGGAAGAAGAGGUCGAGAACGUGAUCGAUACCCAGCACAGAGGGGAGUUCACGAAAAAGCCGAUCACGAUCAACCAUCGUAUAGGAGAGCACAGCCGACAGCCCCUUAUCGUGGAAAUGGACGGGAUCGACGAUGCGAGCGCUGCGGCAACCCGCCGCACAAAGAACGGACAUGCCCCGCAUGGGGAGAGACAUGCAAAAGAUGUCACAAGAAAAACCAUUGGAAACGAGUUUGUAAAUCACAAUACGUAUCCGAUGUCGAUAAUAGUGACAGUGACAGUGGUAAUACACAGGACGACGAUUCGUGUGAUUUGUGGAUACAACCUUACUCCAUAGAUACGAAAAAGAGGGAGAUGUUCUAUUAUGAAAUGUUCUACUAUGAAAUAGACUAGCCAUCACUAUUUAUAUUGUGAAACAGACUUCGGCUCCGGC